AUGAAGCCAAGCCCAGCCCAGUACCGACGUUUCGAGCGUACCAAGUCCGUUCAGUUGAUAACAGUCAUGCGAGAGCUGUUUGAUCUUUGCGACGCUGACGGUGACGGCAACAUCGCAGCCUCUGAGCUGAGGCAAGUGAUGGACGAACUGGGCCUCCAGGUGGGCAAGGAAGAGUUUGAACAACUCUUCAAGGAAUUGGACACCAACAACGACAAAAUGAUCUCCUUUGGAGACUUUCUCAGUGGCCUCAAGUGGAUACAGAAAUCCAUUCGCAUCACGGCGUCCUCGGGCGCGGUGCCAGUCCGCAAGCCGCCCGGGUCGAACGGCUCCUCACCUGCCCCUGCGUCUCCGGGCUCUGCCUCCUCGUCGUCAUCAGUUCCGCCUGGUCCAAGGCGGCUCGGCCGCACCCGAAGCGUCACUCAGUUUAUCGAGGAGACUGGUGGCCUGAGCGAAGGAGAACUGGCAAAGAUGAAGAAGUUCUUCAAAGAGUGCGACGAAGACCAAGACGGCACGGUGAGCAAGAGGGAGAUGUGGAACUUCCUGCACAAGCAGGGAGUCGAGGCCUCCAAGGAAGAGUUCAUUUCGUUUUUCAACGAGCUCGAUGACGACCAAACCGGCACCCUCUCCUUCAAACAGUUCGUCACCGGCAUUCAGGGUCUGCGCAAGUCAGUCCGCAAGCACGGCGCGCAUCGGCUGGCGCUCGCGACAUGCCCCGACCAUCCGGGUAAGGCUGCCCUGACGCUCGCGGAUCUCGUGCAGCAGGGUGUGCAGCAGGAGGAGGUCGGCCACGUCCGCGAACUGUUUUCCCUGUGCGACAAGAACGGAGACGGAUCCAUUGAUAUGGAUGAACUGAACGCGGUGUUUGUAGAGCUGGGAAUCCGAGCAACUCGGGAAGAAGUGGCGUCCCUGUUCCAGAAGUUGGCCGGUAACCGUCGAGUGAUCACCUACGAUGAGUUCCUCAACGGCAUGCAAUGGCUCAAUAAGGGCGUGGUGCUGUCAAAUGCGCUCGAGCAACAAGCUGGCGCUCCUGCGAAGCGAGAGGAAGCACAGAAGAGGAUUGCAGAGUUGGAAAAGACCAACGAAGUCCUGCGUUCGUACUUGCAAGAGUUUGUUGGAAAGGUGGCGAUGAGGGCCGACAAGGAGUGCAAGACCCAGCACCCCAAGACUGCCGCCAUGUUGCUGGAGCUGCUUGACUACCCGCUCAUACGGCAGAUGGAGGGCUUUGUCGGCGGGAAGCUGACCACCCCGGAGUCAGACGAGGCCAUCACCAGCACACAGCGGCAGCUCGCCGCUGCCGGACGGAAGAAGUGA